AUGGCGGUGACCGUCCUUUUCUUGCUCUUGGUUUGUCUGUUUGCCGGUUUUGCAGAAGCAAGCACGUCGCUGUCCUGGUUUGACUUUUACGAUGAAAAAGGGAUACCCGGUUUCAACGAUGAAGUGAUCAGUAACAUUAACGCAGAGGAGUGCGCCAGACGGUGUUUAGUGGGAACCUCUACUGUUCCGUCUGGAUCGUGUCUGUCGUUUGAGUAUGACCACCAAAUCGGUCGCUGCAUCCUGAGCAGAUCAACCAAGGACACGCCUGGAGCAGUUUUAGCUGAUAGUGACCCACCAUCGAGAUUUGACUACUACCACAGAAGAGACAGUCCCCACCCCUGUACAUGUGAUUUCGACACCGACCUGUGUCAGUACACGCAGGACACAACAGACGACUUUGACUGGACACGUAACUCCGGUCGUACUCCUACGGGCGGCACCGGUCCAACAGGUGAUCACACCACUGGCUCAGGACAUUACAUGUACAUCGAAUCAUCACAGAACACGGGGCGAAGAGAGGGAGAUAUCGCCCGUCUCAUAUCUCCAACCUAUCUCUUGUUUAGCGGGAGUCAGUGUCUUCUGUUCUGGACGUACAUGUAUGGAGUAUUCCCAGAAAGUCAAGGUGGAUGCCCUUCUAGUGGCUGUGUAGGUACACUGAGAGUAUCUGUGAACGCUGGAGGUACGACGACUGAGAUCUGGAGCAGAUCUGGAAACCAAGGUAACCAGUGGUUCAGCGUCGCUGUGAGCAUUCCAGUCACCGGAAGUUACCAGGUCAUCUUUGAAGGGGUCAAGGGAGGAAACGCACAUGGUGACAUUGCUAUAGAUGACGUCAGCAUCCUACAAGGAGCUUGUCCAGAUGUAGAUGAGUGCGUUCCGAGAGAAGGCAGGGGACCAUGUGACCAGCUGUGCACCGACAAUGUGGGAGGUUUCUCCUGUUCCUGUAAUGAUGGGUUUACUCUUCAUCAAGACGGUCUCACCUGUAAUGGAGUACAAUGUCCGACACUCACAGCUCCAGAGAACGGCGCGGUGAAUGGCACCGGGAACUCCUAUCAGGACGAGGUCCAGUUUACCUGUAACCAUGGAUACCAGCUGAUAGGAGAUUCCAGCCGGACGUGCCAGGCUGACGGGACAUGGACUGGAGCGGACCCAACAUGCAUUGGGCCUGCGGAUAUCACCCCAACAUCGGUUCGGACAUCAGCCUUGUCAUCAACAGAGAUUCGGCUGACAUGGUCCCUCGAUAAUUAUGCAGAACAGGUACAGGGAUACAUUCUUUCUGUGCAACAAGAUGGAACCAACGAUAAUACCUCCAUUGGGCUUGGACAAGUUUCAAGUCUAUCUUGGACAGUGGGUGACCUCACACCCUACACGUACAACGACUUCUGGAUCGUCGCCACCUUCGGAGACUUGCAAAGUGACAGAAGUGAGGUUGUUAGGCAGAGGACGAUGCCGGGAGUUCCAACAAUGCCCCAAAACGUGAGACUGGCGAACCUGUCCUGGUCGGAGCUGCGCGUGACGUGGGACGAGCCGGACAACUUCUACGGUCCCAAGCGAGGUUACGUCAUCAAACUCUACACUUCAUCGGUUUCCGAUGUCGUCCAGAACGGGAUUGACGUGGGGCAAGAUCACACACAGCACAGCUUCAGCGGUCUGGAGGCUGCGAAUAGUUACACAGUAGAGGUCCGUGCAAAUAACGGCAGGAACACAGGCCCUCCUGGUAAUGCAACAGCACGGACAAGCGAUGGAUUCCCAUCAUCUCCCACAAACAUAAUCCGGCAGGAGGAGGGUACCCACUGUGACAUCAGCUGGUCAUCACCUGCGGUACCCAGGGGAGACAUCAUCGGAUAUAAUGUACACGUCCAAUGGUAUCAUCGAAUUGACGAUGGAGAAAGACAGAGGGGUGAAUACGUCAUGAAGUCAACAAAGUCCACAAGUAUCAGACUGCUGAAGUCGACCAAAACGGAGAUUCUGGACCUGCUGCCGAACUCUGUGUACACCAUAACCGUGACAGGUUUCACCUACACAGGGGAGGGGAACUUCAGUCAGACUGUCACCUGUACCGUGCCAGAAGGAAAGCCUUCUAAACCGGAAUCUCCGAAACUGCCUGGCGGAACGAAGGUUGACUCCACAACUUUCCCACUCCAAGUCAAACCGGCACCUGAGAGAAAUGGACCAAUAGGAUGUUACCACGUGGUUGUGGUGAAGAGCAGCAGCACAAACAACAUACCAGAUCCGGAGAUGCUGCAGCCCGACAAGACGUUACAGGAGGCAAAGAACCCCGGAAAUGACGCCAUCGCUUACAUUGCCAUGGCUCUAACACCGGACGCAGUAGGCGAGUCUACUACAGUGACCGUUGGAGAUGGGAGAGUGACCAGUUGUAACCCUCAGCACGGCGGCCGGAAGAGACGCGCUCUGACAUCUGCUGACGUGUAUAACCUGGAGUACACCAACUCCCCACUGGAGCCGGGCUCGUCCUACACCGCGUCUGUCAGGGCUUAUGGGCCGGACGAUGGAGAACAGCCGUAUUUUUCAGCCAGUCAGUACAUGGAUCCAGUAUCAACUGCCGCGGAGAAGAGAGAAGGGAUUCCUGCGCUCCUAGUAGGAAUUAUCGGCCUGGGUGUAGUUUCGGCCGUUCUUCUGGUGGCACUUGUUGCUGCAAUAGCUGUCAUUGUUGUGCAGAAACGAAAGUGAGUGGAAAGA